AUGAAUUUACUUUCUUUUUUUUAUGAAAAGAAGUUGAGAGUAGAGGAUGCUCUCAAUGCAACAAAGGCAACUGUUGAGGAAGGUAUUGUUGUUGGUGGUGGAUGCACCCUACUUAGGCUUGCAUCAAAAGUUGAUGCCAUCAAGGAUAGCCUUGAGAAUGAUGAAGAAAAGUUGGAGCGAGCUUUGAGUUACCCCCUGAAGUUGAUUGCCAAGAAUGCCGGUGCUAAUGGAAGUGUUUUUAGUGAGAAGGUUCUUUCCAAUGAUAACCCAAAAUUUGGAUACGAUUUUGCAAUAAGAGAAUAUGACGAUUUGAUGGCUGCCGGAAUAAUUAAUCCGACCAAGGUGAGUUCCAGAGGUAAUCAUGUUGCUUGAAACACGCAAUUUUGGUGGCGAAAACAUUCUUGAUGUCAAACUGUGUGGUGGUAGAGUUCAUAGAGCAUGAACCUGUUCCUGCCGACAACCCCAUGGACAAUUUAGGAAACCAAAUUUCUCCCUUUUACUACUUUCAGUUUUUGUG